CAUUGGCGCGCUAUAAGGAGGUUGCGUUGCAACGAGCAGAUGGUGGUUGGGAAUAAAGAUAUUCUUUCAUGAAUUUUAUUUUAACACCGAAUGAGAAAAGUUUUGUUCGAAUUUUCUGAAUCAUUUGAAAAUGACGUUCAUGUUCAUGUCAAAGAGUGGCUUGAAUUUCCUAUGAGGCUCACUAUUUCAGAGUGUGCUUCUCAACUAGCAAGUGCAUAUGAUAUCCCAGAUGUCGCUUCUAAAGUUUUCUAUGAAAGAUUAUCAGAUUUUAUAUCUGAAGAAACUACAAAUGACUUUAAAGAUCAUUAUUUAAAGUUGGUAAACAAUCUAAAGUCUGAUGUAUCAAAUAUAGAAAAAAUUUGUUCUGUUUUUAACUCUUCGCAUCAUAACAAUUCCACUUCAUCAAAACCAGCCAAACUGAACGAUCAGGAAGUUUUUUCACAUGCUUUCAGUCAGAUGAUUCAUUCGCCUGCAGCACAAGAUUUUAUUCACUUAGAACAAUUAUUUGCUCUUGAAGUUGGUUAUAAACUUCAAAAACGAGAUGAUACCCUAAAGGAAAUGGAUCAAAAACAUAUUGAUGAAACUGAACGUAGUAUACAAAAACGUGGUAGCGAAGUCCCAGAGACCAUCACACAACUCCAAGAGGACUAUUACCUCAAUAGAGAAGUCAUUGUAAGUCAUUGGGAUAGUUGUAUAAGUGCAUUAAAAUGGGAACAUCGUCAAGCUCUGAGAACAUUUGUUAUGUCUUAUGAAGGACAUAUCAAUAGUUUACCAACAAAUAACGAUCGUCCCAAUUUAACCCGGAUGUUCUUAAAAGAUAGUUCAUCUAAAACAUUGGAUUCCUUAUUAAAGAAAUCAUCUACCAUAAAUAAUCAAGCUAUUUCUAAACGGACUGAUCAUAUUCCAUUAUCAGAAACUUUCACUGUACAAUUAGGUCGUCAGUUACGAACAAUGUUCAAUUUUCGUUUAAUUAGAUUAGAUCCAUCUGAAUUAUUAACAAGUACAAGGUUGAAAGUCCAAGAAAAUCAUUUGCUUGACGAUGACUGGCUAGCUGAACGUAUGAACAAUGCUUUAAAUAUCUAUUCAAACAAUUUAAAUGGUUUAAUGAUUCUAGUAGAUAAACGAAUUAAUUCUUUCCGUGGAAUUAAAAAACUUUUAGCGGAUGCAUGUGAGCAGUCAUCUGAAUUACAUUUCCCGGAAUUCGGUUCCCAGUUAGAAUCUAUACAAGAAACAAUUAAUCGUUUGGGAUCACGUCAGUUAACGGAAUUAAAUGGUGAAUCUAAAUUAAAAAAUAAUGAUUUAUGUAGUGGAAUUUCUACAGUUAAAUCAAAAUCUGACUGUUAUGAACCAAUUCAUGGUGAUGUAUUAAUCACUAAGCAUUCUAAUUUAAUCAGUAGUACCGGUGAUAGUAUAAAUGUUAUUUUUCAAGUGGUCAUUGAUGAAGACUAUGAAAGUAAUAAUAAUAUACGUAUUCCAUCUUCAUUACACAAUGCUAUAUCAGCUGUACUACGUACUUGUUUCGACUACGAUGUUACAACUUUAUCCUUGCCGUUAUUAUUGGUUUCAUCAGUAUCUGAAAAUAUGGAUAAAUCAUGGAGAGCUAAACGUGUCGAAACAGUACUUAAAGCUGUUAAAGGUGCAUUAAUGGAAUUGAUUACAUGGCGUGGUCCCAAUUUACGAUCUAUACAAUUUCUCGCGCCUUCAUGGAUUACAGAUGAAGAAUUGAAUGUAUUUCGACAAAUUAUUUCUAAUUCAUUCUUACAACCGAAUCCAUUAAUUGUAGUGUAGUGAUUAUCUUCAAUAUGUUACCUCUUGAUUUAUUUUUUUUAACUAAUGUAAAAAUAUGUUGUGUUUUCUGCUUUAAUCAUUUUCUAUAUUUUAAAUAAAGGCGAUUAUUUAUAGUUUUCA